AUUAGCCUUGAGAACGAGGUAUGAAAAGUUUGCUUUGGGCGCAGAUGUUUUCCAGGCUGACUUGAGCAAACAGGAUGCACUGUGCUAUCUUGCAUUUGUAUGAAAACGCGAAUAGGAGUAGCUUUGACAAAUGUUUGUGUUGAGACGGCGAAUCACAAGGAGCAAGGAAAAGAACAAAACAUUUACACUCUGCUUUAACUCGAAUUAUCGCCAUGGGAAGGAUGAUGUUGUUAAAUUCCAUUGUGCUAGCUGUAACAAUUUUAAACCCGACGCUUGUGGAAGGUCCAAAGAAAAAAAAAACGGUUGUUUUAUUAAUAGGAAUCGACUCUACCUUCGAGAUCGAAGACGAAAAGUUUACUGAACAUAAAACCAUAAUAAAGGGAGUACUGGCUGGAAGCAGAGAUUUUACUGGAGUCAUUAUAAAACCCUCUGAUGUCGCGGUCGCUCUUUUUGAGUCAGCGAAUGCUUCCUUGGCAAUUCAAUUUGGCUCAUAUCACAACAUGACAUCAUUGGAAAAGGCAAUAACGAGCCUCGAUCGGAUAAAAUCUGCUAGCACUAAGAAUUUCAGUCUUGAUGGCCUUUUUGCCCUGCCCUAUAGCAAGACGCCGACUAUUGUUUUGAUCAUGAAGCAUGUUACCGCUUAUACAAAGUAUACUGGCGCACUUCCACCGACAGGGCUGCAAGCAGUUCCUAAGAUUUUAGUUUUCUUCAAUUUCGACCCGGUUUGGAAGGAUAAUCUUCAUUUCAAAGACAAUAUUAAAUAUGGCUCUGGUGUUGACGAAACCGACUUAUUGGAUUCAAUCAGAGAAAAUUCGGCCCUUUUACCGAUAUUAUCCUCCUUGCCCAAGUGUCUUCUCCCAUCAAGCGCUCCCAUCUUCUCAGCAGCUCCUACGCACGAACCCUACUCAACUAUGCUCUCCAUGACGUCACAAUAUCAGAUGACGUCAUCUACCCUAGUGACACCAUCCGCCCUGAAGACGGCCACUCAAGUGGCAUCUGUGACCAAUCCCAGCCAGGGAAUCAUUAGCCCAUCAGCAAGUAGCGGACAUGGUGUUACUAGCAGCAUUAUAAACGAGGGGAGGGAAGAGGUCUUAAAUGGUGUGAAAAAAGAGUAUUACCAAAUCAUUAACUAUAACGCAAGCAAGAUAGACUACACAAAUGAGACGUCAAUCAAGGAAUUCAUCGUACGAUCAGCUAAUUUGAUAAGAAAUUUGGAGGAACUACAGUCUGGGCUUCAAGAAACGAAUCUGAGCUCUAUGAGCGUCCUGGUAGCCAUAGAGCAAUAUUGCUUUGAUGUUGCCUACAAGAUGGGGAAUUCCUCAACAAAUAAAACUAUACGGAUCAGUACUUCAAACAUGGUCAUUGCUUUCGGCUCAGUUGCCGUAGCAACGUUUGAAGGAUUUCAACAUGGUAAUUUGGAAACAGAUUGGGGCUCUGUGGUCGUACCACGUGACGCAAUAUCGGGCUGGAGGACCAAAGGGUUUGCGAGAAUCAUGGCUAUGAUUGUCGACCCUCUCUAUGAAUUCCAGUCCGCUAAACAAACAGACAGCGAUAAAAACUCGAAGCUAUCAAGCCGGAUUAUCGCAGUGACGGUAGACCCGCCUCCGACACAACCGCUGACCAAACCGAUCGUCAUAACGGUUAGAAACAAUAAGACUUCAAACAACAGUGAAAUGGUCCCGAAAUGCGUCUUCUGGGACACCAAGAGACGCGGGUGGUCCUCAAGUGGAUGUCACUUGUCGUUCAGUAAUGCCACUAUCACAGAAUGCAAAUGUGAUCACAUGACUAAUUAUGCAGUGCUUAUGUCCAUUGGAGACAUGCCAAUCCCUGCCAAGCACACCCGAGCACUGUCAAUCGUUACAUACAUCGGCUGCACUUUGUCUAUACUCGGAGUCUUUCUCACUGUCGUCACCCUUAUCUCUCUCCCGGUCUUGCGCUCUGAAAGAACAAGGAUCCAUUGCAAUCUUUGCAUUGCUGUCGGCGUCUCGCAGAUCUUGUUCCUAGCGGGAGGAACGGAAGAGCUGGUUGAGAGUAAGGUUGGCUGUAAGCUAUACGCCGCGCUUAUGUUCUACGCGUUCAUGUCCGUGUUUUCAUGGAUGCUGGUUGAGGGCAUCCAUCUUUACCAGAUGAUCAUCAUUGCCUUCAUCACGCGCGCCAUGAUGAAAUUCUACUACUUCAUUGGAUGGGGUCUUCCAAUGUGUAUCGUAGUGAUUGCUUCAUGUAUAUCACAUAAAGGAUAUGGGACACCAAACUUUUGCUGGCUCUCUCUCACUGACCAUACCAUUUGGGCCUUCACCGGACCUGCGAUUGUAGUCAUCCUGGUGAACGCAGUGGUGCUUGGGGCGGUUCUGAGGCUUAGGACCAAACUGGAGAAUAAUGCGGAAGUCUCACAUCGUGUCAAGACAGGAGCUCGUGUGUCAAUAAUGCUUCUUCCCUUACUCGGCCUCAGCUGGAUCUUUGGUCUGUUCACCGCCAUGGAGGGUACCCUCGUGAUACAAUACAUUUUCGCUGCCACCAACUCCCUUCAAGGGCUGAUGAUUUUUGCCUUUCAUUGCGUCGGCAAUUCAGAGGUGAGAAAGGAGUUUCACCGAAAGACGUCGCACUGGACUUUGAUGAGAACCCUAUCAAGUGCAUCCUCCUCCGUCACACCUGCCACUCAGAGAACCGAUCAGGGUAUCUCAAUGAAGGAAGCAAACUCUUCCCGCAAGAGUUGUUAAACACCUGCAUCAAGGAUAUCCCUUCCAUCUACUUUUAUCGUUAUCAUCACCGUCUUCUUCAUCCUCAUCAUCACCGUAUUCGUCGUCGUCAUCCAUUGGUCGAUAUCUACUUCAUUAAUAUCAUCAUCAACAUCAUCGUCAUAUUCAUCAUCAUCAUCAUCGCCAUGCAUUGGUUGAUAUCUACUCAAUCCUUAUCAUCGUUGGCAUCAUUAUAUUAUCGUUGAUAUCAUCAUUGGCAUCAUCAUCACCAACAUCAUUAUCAUAAUAAUAAUUCAUCAUCAUCAUCAUCAUCAUCAUCAACAUCAUCAUCAUCAACAUCAUCAUCAUCAUCAUCAUCAUCAUCAUCAUCAUCAUCAUCAUCAUCAUCAUCAUCAUCAUCAUCAUCAUCAUCAUCAUCAUCAUCAUCACCACAUCUAUUAGUUGACAUGCAGAGACCGCCGCAGUCAUCAUAUCGCAUCAUCGUAGUUUUUAAUCAAUUAGAUUUAGCAAUAUAAUGAGUUGAACAACAUGUUCCGGGUAAAUCAUCAUUCUGGAAAAGAAAAAUGUAUUAUAUAUAUCAAGCAAAGAUUUUUGCCCAAUAAAAUGUUGGCACGUA